CAAAAUGUAGGACGUUUUAUGAAAUAUUUUCCGUCCACAUCGGUAGACAUCAUUGCAAAAAUUAGAACCUUUUUACAAGUAAACCAGCUACAUAAUAAAAAAAAAAAACAAAUUAUAUAUUGUCUAUAGUUUUCGUCCAUGAGUCCAAGAAGUGGCGGUAAUGUGGCGGUAAGAGUCGGAAUUUGAACUUUCAAGUUUUCAACCUAAAACUUUUUAAAUAGAACACUCGGUUGUGAAUAGUACCAAUUGAAUUUCAAUUAUGAAUAUUAUGAGGAGUAAUCAGAUUCCUAUAAUAAAGGAUCUGGUAUCUUCAUUGAAAAACGGAAAAACGUUCAAUUUAACAGGCGUAUUGGAAUUUUUCAAUGGUUGCACCGACGACACGCAAGUUAAAUUAUUGUCAAUUUUAUCUGCAUAUGUAAUGCUAAAUAAUGGUAGUGUUGAGGCAAUUAUAACAUUCAACCCCAUUUACGACAAAAUAUGCAAAAUCCUUGAGAACAGUCGUGCUGGGAAAACGACUAUUGCCUUAAACUUCCUCUCAACACUUUUGUACGUUGACGAUGAAGAAGGUCAAAGUAAAAAAGGCAACCUGGUAGCCUAUGCAAGGAAUAUGGUCAGAAGUAGCGGUUGUCUAUCAACUAUGUGUGAACUUUUCACUUGUAUGAUGGUAGGAAUUUUGCUUUGUAGUAUUCCUUUAAUUAUGCAAUCGUACUUACGUUUUGCUAAAUUGAAACAUUUUCAGAAUCAAGAUGUGUGGCGUGCACUUUGCCGGUGUCUCGCUGAAUCUUGCCGCAGUAUGCAAGCCAAUCAGAGCUAUUGUGCACACCUCAUUCCAACGUGCGUUCAGAAGUGCCAUCCCCGAACAAUCGAUGUAUUGGUGGUUCUUCAAAGCCUGCUACAGAACCACACCCGCAACAUCAACCUGUUUAUUGAAUGUAACGGAAUGUCCUUAUUCAAAGGUCAGUUAUCUUCAGAUGUGUUUAGGAAAACUAGACAAACACUAAUCGCAAAUGAUUCACUGCGAAGUAAUAAAACAAAUGAACUCUCUCUUUCCUUUUUACAUGAGACUCAUUUGAAAAACAAGCAUGUUAUAUCUGAUUUCAUCAAACCUGAACAGCGUCGUUCACUCAGUUUUCAAAGACGACUCCAAGCUAGCAGUAGUGGAUUGAAUAAAGAUUCUGUUUAUGAGUCUCUAAACGAAAAUAAAUAUGGUUGUUCAAAGACAUUUUCCACAAAUGAAUUCAAACCGACAUUUACGUCUACUCCCAGGAGACAUGAUGUAGACAAUCAGUCCAAGUGCAUUAGUCAACGCCCUAAUGAUACCUCCAAUACUGUUGCUAGUAGGUGUACUCAACAAAAUUCAAGAAAAAUUCAGAUGAAGCGACGGCUACCGAGAAUGAGGGUCGCAAAAUAUUCAGACCGAAGCAAAAUUGAUAAAGAAAUCAAACACAAGUCUUUUAGUGGACGUGUCUUUGAUGCUAUUAAUACAACGUGCACAACACUGGUGAAGACAGAAAAUAUAUUUAAUCCUAAGAAUGAUACGCAUCAAAGUGAAGAAACUUCUCUGAGGAACACUCGCAACCGAGACACUAUGUCUUGUAGCUAUAGUUUUACAAACUACAUGCGUAAAAGAGAUUCGCUUUUGAACAAAACUAAUCAGUCUAGCAAUUACUUAGGAGAAAUACAAUCUAAGGAGAAACAUGAUGGAAGUAGUAUGGAAGUCACCAAUUCCUGUAACACGUGCAAUGAUACAAUUGAGCUGAAGCAAAAACUGGCUAAAGACAACCAACUGAAGCAAACUAUAAGAAAACUGAAAUUGGGAAUCAAUUUAUACGGUUGCGAUUUUAAGAAAAUUUCUAGAAUAAUGUGGCCUAAAGAAAGUUACAUGACGCCUGCAGUUCUGUACAACCUGUAUCGUAAAUUAAUUACAAAAUAAACUAUGUGCUCGGUAUAUUUGUAUCGUUUGAGUCGCAUUA